UUAUUAUUGACUUUCAAAAUGAUAUAAGUGCAAUGAACACAUUAGCUGAAUAAUAUUGCGAGAAGUAGACCGUCCGGCGCGGGCUGGACAGGUGCUCAGCUCUGGGCUGCAGAAAUGUGUGAGAACGGGCAGCUUGAGCCUUGAAAGUUGGUAGCCCAACUUCUCUAAUUGCCUGCACAACAAGUCAAUUAGCGAUUGGUCAAAGGCCAACAGGGCGUAUAAAAACGAAAGCUCGCUUCGACGGCGCUUGAGAAACGUUUGGAUUAUGGCUGGCUACUUUGGAUUCCGCUUCCUGUACAGGAAUCAGCCGCUGUCGCUAUACUAUUACGCCGUGCCGCGUCUAUGCCUGAAUCUAAUGGGCUUCUGGCCCGGACCGCUGCAGUGGAGGGCACUCGUCCAUUUUGUGGUCCUGGCCAUUGGCGUGGCAACCGAGCUGCACGCGGGCUUUUCGUUUGCGCGAGCGGGCAAGAUAACCAUGGCCCUGGAGACGUUCUGCCCGGCGGGCACCUCGGCUGUCACCUUGCUGAAAAUGUUCUUCAUGCUCCGCUAUCGUCAGGAUCUCCUAUACGUGCUGACCCAUCAGCGCCAGCUGCUGUUCCAAAAGAAGCCCCUAUCGGUCGAAAAGAAGCAGCUAAUGCGUCGCCAUUCCGAAAUGGCAGCCCGCUUCAACUUCUGGCCACUCUCCGCCGGCUUCUUUACGUGCACCAUGUACAAUCUGAAGCCAAUCCUGUUGGCCAUGCUGCUGUAUCUGCAGGGACGGAGCGAUGCGAUUGCCUGGAGCACCACACCCUUCAAUAUGACCAUGCCCCGCUGGCUACUCCAUGCACCAUACUUUCCGCUCACGUACAUGUUCAUCGCGUACACCGGCUACGUAACCAUCUUCAUGUUUGGCGGAUGUGACGCCUUCUAUUUUGAGUUUUGCGUCCAUACUGCCACGCUCUUCAACUUUCUGCAGGCGGACACACGUGCGCUCUUCCGGCCGUACAAGGGACUGGCACAGAUGAUUGGCUUGCGCAGCACACGCUUCGAGGCGUCUCUGGUGCAGCUGAUCGAGCGACACAACAAGAUCUUCGAGCUGACCCACUUCUUUCGGCAACGCUACGCGAUCAUCACACUGGCCCACUUUGUGUCCGCCAGCAUGGUGAUCGGCUUCAGCAUCUUCAAUCUGCUGACCGUCGGCGGCAGCGGCCUGGGCACCCUGCUCUAUGUGGGCUAUACUGUCGCCGCCCUCAGCCAGCUGGUCAUCUACUGCUAUGGCGGCACUUUGGUCACGGAGAGCGUUAGUGCCAUUCGCCUAUUCGGGGGCGUCCCUAUUGAUUGUUUAUCCAUCUCAUUUGUUGCAGAGCGCUCAACUGGCCACCGUGAUGAGCACCUGUCCGUGGCACCUGUGCCUGCCCAAGCAUCGGCUCUAUGUGUAUCUCUUCAUCAUGCGGUCGCAGCGCGCCCUCACCAUGGCCGUGCCAUUCUUCUCGCCCUCGUUGGGCACCUUUGCCGCUAUACUGCAAACAUCUGGUUCUAUUAUCGCACUGGCCAAGUCUUUUCAAACCUGAUCUCCUCAUCUGCUCAAUCUGACAAAUAUAUCGCAAUAAAUGUGAAGCCAAACCAAAUCCUUAUUGCUUAAGCGAUUGUUCAAAAAAGAUUUUAAAUAUACUUAUAACUCUUGAAUAUUUU